GUUUCUUUCGCGUCUCUCGUCAACGCGCAUGCGCCGUCUGAGCUCCGCCGCUCCCGCCUCGGGCUUGGGGUAGGGCUCCGGGAUGUCCGCGUUGUGCGACCCUCCCGGGGCCCCGGGGCCUCCCGGGCCUGCCCCCGCCACCCACGGUCCCGCGCCUCUCAGUGCUCAGGAGCUGUCCCAGGAAAUCAAGGCUUUUCUCACUGGUGUAGAUCCUAUCCUGGGUCACCAACUCUCAGCCCGGGAACAUGCUCGCUGUAGUCUUCUGCUGCUGCGCUGUUUGCCACCUGCUCGGGCUGCUGUGCUGGACCACUUAAGAGGUGUUUUUGAUGAGAGUGUCCGGGCCCAUCUAGCUGCCCUAGAUGAAAGCCCUGUGGCUGGUCCUCCUCACCUCCGUCCACCUCCACCUUCCCACGUCCCUGCUGGGGGACCAGGUCUAGAGGAUGUGAUACAGGAAGUACAGCAGGUGCUGUCUGAGUUUAUCCGUGCCAAUCCAAAGGCCUGGGCACCUGUGAUUAGUGCAUGGUCUAUUGACCUCAUGGGUCAACUGAGCAGUACCUAUUCAGGCCAACAUCAGCGUGUUCCCCAUGCUACUGGCUCUCUCAAUGAAUUGCUGCAGCUGUGGAUGGGUUGUAGGGCCACCCGUACGUUAAUGGACAUCUAUGUGCAGUGCCUCUCAGCUCUCAUUGGUAGCUGCCCAGAUGCUUGUGUGGAUGCCUUGCUAGACACUUCAGUCCAGCAUUCCCCACACUUUGACUGGGUUGUGGCACAUAUUGGCUCCUCCUUUCCUGGCACUAUCAUCUCUCGAGUCCUUUCCUGUGGGCUUAAGGACUUCUGUGUCCAUGGUGGGGCUGGAGGUGGAGCUGGUGGUGGCGGUGGAAGUUCUCAGGCUCCGUCCACAGAUCCAUUCCCUGGAUCUCCUGUCCUCCCUGGGGAGAAACGGGUGCCCAAGAUUGCCUCAGUUGUAGGCAUUCUAGGGCACCUGGCCUCCCGCCAUGGAGACAGCAUCAGGCGGGAGCUCCUGAGAAUGUUCCAUGAUAGCCUGGCAGGGGGCACUGGAGGCCGGAGCGGGGACCCUUCCCUUCAGGCUACAGUUCCCUUCCUACUGCAGCUGGCGGUCAUGUCACCAGCUCUACUUGGCACGGUCUCUGGAGAACUUGUGGAUUGCCUCAAGCCCCCAGCUGUGCUGAGCCAGCUGCAACAACACCUGCAGGGAUUCCCCCGAGAGGAGCUGGACAACAUGCUCAAUCUGGCUGUGCACCUGGUGAGCCAGGCCUCAGGUGCAGGUGCCUACCGCCUGCUGCAGUUCCUGGUGGACACAGCAAUGCCUGCUUCAGUCAUCACCACCCAAGGCCUGGCUGUACCAGACACUGUGCGAGAAGCCUGUGACCGCCUGAUCCAGCUGCUGCUGCUGCACCUGCAAAAGCUGGUUCAUCACCGGGGUGGAUCUCCCGGGGAAGGGGUGCUGGGCCCUCCCCCACCUCCCCGCCCAGUGCCCUUUCUGGAUGCACUAAAAAACCACGUUGGAGAGCUGUGUGGAGAGACAUUGCGGCUAGAACGGAAGCGCUUCCUCUGGCAGCACCAGCUUUUAGGCCUGCUUUCUGUCUAUACCCGGCCCAGUUGUGGACCUGAGGCGUUGGGCCAUCUACUAAGCCGAGCCCGAAGCCCUGAAGAAUUGAGUUUGGCAACCCAAUUAUAUGCAGGGCUGGUGGUCAGUCUCUCUGGCCUCCUCCCCCUGGCUUUUCGAAGCUGCCUGGCUCGGGUGCAUGCAGGGACUUUACAACCUCCCUUCACAUCCCGUUUCCUGCGCAACUUGGCACUGCUAGUGGGCUGGGAACAGCAAGGUGGUGAAGGCUCUGCCGCCCUAGGGGCUCGCUUUGGAGAGUCUGCCUCAGCCCAUCUGUCUGACCUGGCUCCUCUCUUGCUACAUCCUGAGGAAGAAGUAGCUGAAGCUGCAGCUUCCCUCUUGGCCAUCUGCCCCUUUCCUCUGGAAGCCCUGUCUCCCUCCCAACUCCUGGGAUUGGUCAGAGCUGGGGUGCACCGCUUCUUUGCCUCUCUGAGGCUACACGGCCCCCCAGGUGUGGCCUCUGCCUCUCAUCUCCUCACCCGCCUUUCUCAGACUUCCCCAGCUGGGCUCAAGGCUGUCUUGCAGCUACUAGUUGAGGGAGCCUUACAUCGAGGCAACACAGAACUGUUUGGAGGGGAAGUGGAUGAGGACAAUGAAAACCUCUCACUUGUUUCAGCUCCUUUGGCAUCGGCCUCCCUGUUGGACACAAACCGGCGGCACACUGCAGCUGUGCCAGGGCCUGGAGGGAUCUGGUCUGUUUUCCACGCUGGAGUCAUUGGUCGUGGCUUAAAACCACCAAAGCUUACGCAGUCUCGAAACCAGCAGGAAGUGAUUUAUAACACCCAGAGCCUUCUCAGCCUCUUGGUGCACUGCUGUUCUGCCUCCGGGAGCGCUGAAUGUGGGGGUUGCUGGAGUGCGUCUACCCUCAGUCCAGAGGCAGCCAAAGCAGUUGCAGUGACCCUGGUGGAGAGUGUGUGUCCAGAUGCGGCUGGGGCAGAGCUGGCCUGGCCCCCAGAGGAGCACGCCCGGGCCACUGUGGAGCGGGAUCUCCGCAUUGGCCGACGCUUCCGAGAACAGCCUCUGCUCUUCGAGCUGUUAAAGCUGGUCGCAGCUGCUCCCCCGGCCCUGUGCUACUGCUCUGUGCUGCUGCGGGGGCUGCUGGCCGCCCUGUUGGGCCAUUGGGAAGCCUCCCGCCACCCUGACACGGCUCACUCCCCCUGGCACCUGGAGGCAUCCUGCACCCUGGUGGCUGUCAUGGCUGAGGGAAGCCUCUUACCACCUGCCCUGGGUAAUAUGCACGAAGUAUUUAGCCAGCUGGCCCCUUUUGAAGUGCGCCUGUUGCUGCUCAGUGUCUGGGGCUUUCUCCGGGAGCACGGGCCCCUGCCCCAGAAGUUCAUCUUCCAGUCUGAGCGCGGCCGCUUCAUCCGGGACUUCUCUAGGGAGGGUGGGGGCGAGGGCGGCCCGCACCUGGCAGUGCUCCACAGCGUGCUCCACCGCAACGUCGAUCGCCUGGGCCUCUUCUCCGGCCGUUUCCAGGCACCCUCACCACCCACCCUCCGUCAGGGGACCUAACCUCCCCCCACCCACCCCGCACCAGCAGCCCACGGAGGUUGAACAGUGAGAGAAGACUUAAAGAGCUGUGCCACAGGAGGGUUCAUUUCUACAUCCUUAGCUUAAUAAGUGCUGUCACUUUUCCCCCACUCUACUUUUUUUCUAAAUAAAAUUUGCCGAGUUGAGACGAA